AUGUCGGAGGAUUCAAUCGAGCGAAAUCAUGGUCUCCUUCGAUGUGCCAUCGUUAUUUACAUCCAUCCCACCAAACGUGGCCCGCGAAGUCUUGGCAAGAGACUUGAAGAGGCGUACGAUGAGACUCCGAAUGCACUCAGAAUUAAACACCUCAUGAGGUUGUUUGGAUUCCGCCAAAAAAUUUCUUUACUUUUGCUGGAGAGAGCUAUGGACAAAGCAAGGGAACUCCAAUGGGUAAGACUAUACUUAAAAAUUUUCGAGAUAAACAUUACGGCCAGGCGUAAAUAAUUCCAUCCAUACAACCGUAACUAUCCAUUGCUUGCUUUCAGGAGUUUCCAUGCUCGCCACCAUUGAAAAGGUGUUGCAAACUGUUUCCCCAAAUAAAAUAGCAAGCCUGCAUGUCUUCCAGGAUCUGCGCCAAUUACUUACCCUUAUUAGCUCUAGUACGGAUUUGUUGAAUAGCUGUAAAUUUAUUCAUAUUAUUUACUCAGUUUCCAUCGCUUGUGGUGACAGUUAACCAUCGCAAACUAGUCUUAAAAGGAAUUAAUGCCAUUGGAUCUUGCUGUUUAUGAGCAUUCUAUACGUCAUUGUAAGUUCAGGUUUUCAAACUUUGCACAUGGACUUCUUUACAAGGCGGGCAUUACUUCUCAUUCACUAUUCAGUUCAUCGAAUGCUCGGCAUUUAUCAGGGCCUGAAAAUGUGCGGUUGAUAGAACAAUUUUUAUUGUAUUUACUGUUUACUUUCGUAAAUAUUUUCAUGCACUAACCACUGACAUUUUUCCCCACAUCGCCCUUCGGACGCUCAAUACAACUACAAUUACUUUGGAGUCCACAAAAAUUUGUUUAUUGAGGUUGUAUAACGCCAAAGACCAUUCAUAUGCCACUUUUUGGCAAAGCGGAGAAUCUGCUGCAAAUUUUCUGGGGCAUAUACGCUAUCUUUGUAUUACGUCAUCAGCAAAACAGGCCAGCAAUCGUGUCCUCGCACCCGAACCAUGUUGCAAACGUAAUUUCAGUUCGGUUCGCUCCAGGACCUUGAUAAUCCUGCCUCCCAGCACAGGCGUCUCCGUGCAUGUCUAAUAAAAACAUACUAAACAGCUUAUCGGCUUGACAUUGAACACGAUUAAUUCUCCCUGCUCAGCCGCAUCUAUUGUCCCUGGAGGCACAAGUCCCAGUCUUACAAACCUCGAAUGCGCACAAACACUCCCCCAGUCCUGUGUUGAACCGUACGAGGAUAAUAUCAGGGUCUUCUCGAAUCCAUCAAUUAGAAACUGCUCAACUGCGUUUGAGUCAACAUGUCAGACUAAUGUGACAUUCUCUGCACACCUGUGACGACAAUAAAUGGCUUACGUUCUAAUUUUCGCAUUUUAUUACCCACAUAAAAAACGCUUUCGCUGGUACUAUAUAUAAAUGUAUUGUUUGGAAGUGUGCUUGGAGUGGCAUUAAAAGGGCGAUUUCAUCUGUAUUCGUUGCUUUUGCAGACGCCUGUUGUUUCGUCACUGUGCUUCAUUGUCAUCGAAAAUAUCUUUUACACUUCAGUCAUUCAUAAAUUUAGCCGAGAAUUCCGUUGACACUCCUACUUCCUAACACCAGGUUUAGGUGUCUGCGUGCAUGUUUUAGUAUCGUAUAUAUAGACGAGGAGCAAAGUUAUUCAGGGAACGCAGUAAAACACCAUCUUCCUCUAACUGAACAACUAUGUUGGUUCCACGUCUUCAUCCGACCAAGGCCCACGGCGCUUGUGCCUGUCUUAUUGACUUCGUGAAAAACUCGCAAAAAAUCAAGUAAAACGGAAAAAUCAAUCCGAUAUAGCGUCCAGAUAGGAUGUCGCAAGACAAUCACCUAGGUUUUACUGAGCUAAGAUUCGGACGCACAAAGUGAAGAAAGCGUUCGUUGUUUGCGUUGGCCACUUGUGGCGCAUGUAGCUACGCAGUUUUCACAAUGUUUUCUGAUUUUUCAACUCCCACAUUUCUUUUUGUUUAAAUUUUUACACUUCGUAUUUUUUCUUCCUGUCUAUGCACUUGUUUAUUCAAUAUAAUUCUGGUAAUGAAUGGGGCUUCGCAGGUUACAUAACCUGCAAACCGACAGAUUAGAAAAGUCAAAAUGUGAGCAAAAGUCCGUUUUACAAGAGGAUAAUUUGCUUCACAAGGAGAGUGGUUUGACGAAAGGUUCAUUAUAAUAACAAUGAGGACUUGCACAUCCGUCUUUUGACAAUUGUCUUUUGCACAAAUCUUAGUAUUUUUGGUGCAGGGUGCGUAGGCUUUACGUGCUUACGACAUUAGAGGCCUUCUUUGUUAAAGUGUUUUUUCGGUAACCUGCUCAGCAUCUGUGGUUGUAGACCAGUUACUUGACUUUGUAAGAUGUCAGUUCUUAAAGAAUAUCUACACAGGUCAAUACCCAAGCCGAACGUCGUCAGAGACGCAUCAGAAACCUAGGAGACGAUGUCAUUGACGUAACGAGCUCAGAACUUUGGUUGAUGUUUGGUGAACACCAGGUGUUCUAUCCGUUGACGGAUCACUUCAGCAAUCAGCCCUGAUAUGGGAGAGCCCAUGGGGGUGCCUUUGAUUUGUUCAUACAUUUGCCCACCAAAGAUGAAAGCUGUUUUUAGGCAAUACUGUAAGAGCUUCAUGAGAUUUUCGGUAUUCAAGGUUGUCUCUUUCGUCGUAGCGGUCAGCCAGAAGUUUUCCCACAACACCUAUCGCCAGUUGUUGUGUGUUGUACCAUGGAUUCAUAUUGCCCUAGUUUUAUAUUUUUUUAAACGUUCAAGGAACUGAUUAGCAGAGGCCACCGUUGUUAGUGAACCCUCUGCCGGGAACUUAAGACGAACAAACAUCCAUCUUGCCAAACCGCAUGUAGUAGUGCCACGUAGGGAGACGAUGAGUCUACGCGGUAUGUUCGCUUUGUGCACCUUCGGCAGACCAUAAAACCGGGCCGCGGCGGAGUUAAGAGGUUUCAUAAUAAACAAAUCUCUGUCUGCGAUUGCCCCAUUUUCCCUGAGUUCAGCCAGACUUGUUUAUUUAGGUAAGCGGAUUUUUCGUCUCACUGGCUGGAGAAAGUUUAUAGGACUAUAAAUCGUCCAGUAGGCUCAAAGCUUUCUUUUGGUAAUCAGAUUUGUCAAGCACUACUGUGGAACGACCUUUGUCAGCCGGCAGGAUGAUUAUGUAUUUAUCCGCUUUAGGCGUUUUAAUGUUUGCUGUUCUUCUUUGCUGAGCGUUUCGCUCUUCUUGUGUUGCAUUAAGAAAGAGGAAGGUUUGUGGCAAACCAACUCUCGCGUCUCAUCUGACGUUUGUGUUAGUUGAAGAACAGACUCAAAAGCGCAAUAAACUCUGGGGGUGCGGCGCCCGCUGCGCAGAAAGUAGCUCCAUGUCCCUGGACUGCAAGUUGUGUGCUGGUGAGGGAUUCAGAUGAAAGGCUGUGGACAAGGUCGCCCCACGAGUUAUCUUAGCUAGUUGGUCUCAGUUUGGCCAAUUUUACCGAUAAUUAUUUAAAUAACAGGUGUGGUGUGCAUUCCCAGAGGGAAAGUAAAGUCGGCAGACUAGGUCGGCUGGCGCGACAGGACAGACAACUGAUGUGUGAGAGGGGUGGGCACCUAGUUAUGGUAGGCCGUGGGGCAGGGAGAGGGAAGGAAGAACCGUUAGGGCUCCCAGUGUUGGAAGCGGUGAAAACGCGGGGGGGGGGUGGGGAUUGCGAAUUAGUGGGAAUGCGGGCGGCUGGUCACUGAUGCGGGAUGAGAUCAGGGGCCAAUGCGCCGGCGUUGAAGGUGAUAGGGGGGGGGUUCGGUUGUUGUUCACCGUGUCGCAAGGGGGGAGCGGAAUGGCGAAAGAGCAUACGUCUAUGUGGCCGAGUGGGGGUUAGCAAAUGUUGAGGUGUGGGAACAAGACAGUGAGCGUGUACGUAAGCCCUCGUAGUGAGCGUCUAGAUCGACGUGGCAGUUGAUGCUGGUCGUGCCAGAAUGCCAAGCUUCGAGGAAUUCUCGCGCCUGUCUGGUGUUAGCCUUUGCGAUCACUUCAGUGUCCAUUUUGGCAAGUACCUUUCUAGCAUGAUUGAAGAUGGUUUUCUCAUUAUCCUUCGAUCCUUUACCAGUAGGUGCCUCGAAAUCUGACGUGGAUUGGGCAAUUUCUAGGCUGUAACGUUGCAGUCUUUGGUAACAAUCAUGAAUAAGUACUCUAGUCAUUCUUCUGCCGUGUUGCGCCAAGGUCUCCCUUGCCAAGGUUGCAUUCACAGGCGGCUUAUAGGUGACAUAUUUUUGAGUCAACUGUUAGUCUGUCAUGCCUCCCACCGUGCCAUCAUAAGGCUGUCUGACUAAAUGAACAACCAUAAGUAUUGAUCGACUACGAUUAUGACGACGGCGAUGAUGAUGAUGAUGACGACGACGACGAUGAUGCCUCGGGCGUUGGCAUUUUCCCCACGUGACCUCCAAUCUCCAUAUUUGUUCUACAUUGGAUGGUGAGACUGAGUUGUAACGGCCUGACAGCGUAUUUGUUGGAGGCUGGGUUUCCUCGCUUGACUUCGAUAGACUUUCCUGGACUGUGCGACGAAGAGUAGUGCUCUCAGGGUGUUAGCACUAUGCAUUCUACGCUUUGUGUUGUUGACUUUGUCACGAUAAUCCAAAACUGAGUACCUACCUACUGAGUAGCUACCUACCCAAGCUACUUUAUCAAGCAGAGCAAGUACCGAGUAAACAGACGACGGCCACAAGAAGAGCGAAUCGAAGUCCGGAGGGCAAUUUCUUACAUUAAGGGGGUCUUCGACGCAGUCUCACGUCUGUUACGCCAUUUCCAGGACUAGACGGUCGCACGGACCUCAAGAAUAGCGAGCAAACACGGCCCGUCGACUAAUUCACCCAAAUGGGGUGCACGAACGCAACCGACCCCAGUUGGGGUGACGAAACAACACAGGAAACCACCAACAUUAACAAACAACGGUCAGAGGGCCAAGGCAGCGACAGAAGAAAAAAUCGAUCAGCCCAAAACCAACUAAUUCGGCCGUCUAUUCAGAAUUCUGGCCGAUUAUUGCACUAGACGUUCUGACAAUGAAGAGCCGGCCAAGCUCCCCUUGGGCCUGCGAACACUUCACUUUUCACAAUGUGAUCUAAACCUGGGUGUUCGGCGCAAAUCUGCAGUGAGGAGGAAGGUAAGAAAAUGUAAUCGGCAGCAAGACUGCACAACAGCAUGACCAUUCGCCUUUUCUAGCUUAAAUUUCAGACGUGGACUUACAAACUAUUCUGGUUUUGGGCCGUCUCCAACACCUUAACCUUCCGGAUGGAGACAAUGCCGCCGAGCAAGCUCAGGGUUCGACCAGACGAAUGUCGCGCACAAUAUACGCAACUCGCCUGAUAGGCUUUCCGGUGGGGGGGGGAGGCUUAAGAAGAGGGGGAAGCUCAGGACGUGCCGUAACAGUAAUUUAUAAAUAUUAUUUUGGUAGCUUAUGUUCAGCAAAGACAGCAAUCUCAGUCUGGCAGUAGAUUCAGCUUAUAGAGUGACCUCGUUACCUGGCACCAUUGGCAGGUGUAAUUCUAAGUCACUUAGAUCACUUGUUUCGGGUUAUCACCAAUCAGUCUGUGGACACUGGUCAGGUCUUCCUGGAUAGGAGCAAGAUCCGUAGCAUGACGUAAAAUUCCAGUACCAUCUACAAACAUGAGACAGUUGUUGCAAACCACUUCUGAGAGGUCGUUUGCGUAAGCAGUAGCAAUCACCGGUCUGGUCACUGAACCUUAAGGACGGACUUCAUAAAUCGGCAACUUAGGUGACAUAGCGUUUCGAACCCUACGCACGAAGAGCUUCGUUCGGGGAAAUUUCUGAUUCAGUUGCCUGCCUUCUCGUUCGUACUGCGAGGCCUUUCUACAAUGUUUUGUAACCGUUUAAAGAGAUAACCUAAACUGCCUAACCACCACUGUAGGACCGUUAAAGAGACACGGUCGUCCUUAAAGGGAUCCAUGCUAACUAGAACUUGUUUGUCUAUCCUGAAGAUUACAUUAACGUACGUGGAGACUUUUCUUGAUCUUGCACGCCACUAGUAAAGCUGGUUGAAUUGUAGUUCACAUCCGGUCGCUCAAAUCCUUUCUUGGGUAGGGCACUGACUAGGGCCAGCUUCCGCCACUUUGGGUGCCAACUGUUCAAAGGUUAACAUCUAUGAAACUACACAGGAACGUUGACCAGAAUGAGAACAGGAUGUCUCAUGUGGGCUGGGUGCACUGAGUCCAGUCCUGGCGCAUUUUUACGCUUCAGGUCCAAUAGGUAGCGCUUAACUUCCGCCGGCUAAAUCAGUAUGUUUUCUACUUGGCAAAUUGUCCUGGGUUAAGUAUGUGCAAGCGCAUGCAAUUAUCCACGUGGGAGGUCUGAACAAAUUGUCCAGCGAGUGUGGAAGCAAUAUCCUCAUUGUUUUCGGUGUAGAUACAGUUGCUCUCUCAAAGCACCCUGGUGCAAUUGUUGUUUUUCCAAUGUCUAGGCACUUACGUUCUGAUUGGUGUUAGGUCGUUGUCAAACUCGUCCAUUUCCAUCGUUUAUGUUUCAUCCUCCUUUUUUCACCCUUCACAGAUUGUAUAAGGACCAUUUCUGUAGUUGUACAUGUUAUGUUUUGCGUGGGAAUCUAAACCUGAAGCACUAUGGAGUUAUAAGUUUCAUUGCACACCGAAAACACCCAUUUCUACUUCUUCUGGCAAGCGUAAGAUGGUUUUGCGGCAUUCAUGUGUUUCACUCCCGAAAACCGAAAAUCCCCACUUCCAGUUUCUCUGUGUCCAAUUUCGCUAUGUUUACUUUUCUUUACCCUCUUGCAUCAACAGUUGCUAUUUCAUCAUCCUUUUCGCCCUUCAGAUUCAUUGACAGAAUGCUUGCGAUAGUAAUCGGGUGUCUUUUUAUCGCGGCUAUUCUAUUCUUCGUCGUCCUGGAUUAUCGCUCAAGGCUACGCUAUUACCUUUCCUACACGCUUUAUGGAAUUGUGAUGCUUGUCGGUUCAGUGAUCUACCUGGUCCGCUUUGUGUUCAAGGGACCGUCCUAUUCCAAUAGUUGGUAAUUUUUCAUUCUCCUUCCCCUGAGCUCCUAUUUAGCGAAUUUACGGCUGUCUUCCGGUGUUCUCGUUGGUUUAUGGGUCUACAGCCACGCUUAUACGGUCUUGAUACCUACGAUGAUAAACAGCAGUGCAUCUUCAUAAUAAAUCACCAGAGCUUCAUUGAUGUCUUGAGUAAGUCACUUUGACUGUUUUGCCUAUAAUUGCCGUGCCUGCAGGCCUAUGUGACCUUUGGAAAAAACCUUCUUCGAUAAUCGCCAAGGACAGUCUGCGCUACUUCGGUCCGAUUGGACUCAUUAUGCAUUAUUCCAGAGUUAUUUUUAUUAAGCGUAACAAUCACGAGAAAGCUAUAGAAGUUAUGCGUAAGACUGCGGAUCUGGUUAAGCGUGAUAAGGUUGGUUUUCCCGUCUCUUUUAUUUGCCUACGCAGAUUAAUCUUUUCAUGUUUCCUGAGGGGACCCGUUGCGAUACAGGACGUCUGAUGCCGUUCAAAAAAGGCGCCUUCCAUCUGGCAAUUCAAACUCAGGUCCCAAUCCAGCCGGUAGUUGUAUCAUGCUACAAUAAGUUUUUGAAUCACAAAGAGAAGUUCUACAAUCCGGGUAGGUCCCCAAAUAUAUUUUCAGACAUUAAUCCUCUCGAUACUUUCUAAAAUUAAUCAGUAUUGUCAUCAAACAGCCAAGCGGGUGCCAGCUGAUAUCCACUUGUGUCCGGCUGUCAUUUUGGGCUUUGAAUUAGGCUCCUUUUCCACGGACGCCGAAAUCUUUAACUUUUUCCUUUUCACAGGCCACCUCAGUAGGCCUGGCCAUCAGUUUCUUCGUCUACUUACUUUUCUCUGACGAUGCUAAGUUUUUUCUUCGCAAACGACGAUGGCCACCACUGUGCCGGAUAAGACGUACGGCUGACUUGCACAUGACUUCUUUAUAGUUAAGCAGACUUGUGUAACCUGUAUCCCCUCCCAUUCCCGAACCUGUCGUUUUCUGAUUGCAGAACUGUUAAUACGACUUGAGACAGGUGUUUACGUAGUAGCUGGGGAGACUGACAUCAAGUCUGCACCUAGCGCUUAUGUUCUGGUCCCUAAAUACCCGAAUCAGUUUUUAAUGAGGGAGUCUCGGGUUUGAUGAGUUGGAGUGCUGCAUAGGACACAGUAGGAAGGAGCCAUUAUUUCCCAACGCUCAGUCCUGAAUAGAACCAAGUUGUCCCGCUAGUUGGCUGGGUCGGCGGAGAGUUCAAGUCAAGCCGGUCGGAUAUGAGAUUUAGUACAGGGGCUGGCUUAAGUUUGGAGUCUUCGUCUAGCGUGCGCCACGAGUGCAUGCGUGAAACGGCAUUUCAAUUGGGGACGAACGUCUUCCUAUCUGCUUUUGUCUCCUCCCCCUCCAUACAUAGUCGUUUCGGAGGAAUGCCCCAUUCCGUCAUUUUUAUGGAUCGGUCCCGCAUGUCGUCUUCGAACGUACGAUAAAUGGAAAAAAGCAUAAUUACUUAUUAAAACCCUCCAACAAAAAGUUGUUUAUGCUCUGUGUUUGUGUCAGUAGGCAACUGUUGAAGUAAGUCUACAAUUCAUGAUUAGUUGUCCUUCUGCCCUGAGCAUUUCGUAUGUAUUAUCUUAAUUAACAAGCCUACGGCCACAUGGUUCAUCCGACCAUAUGGCCUCCCAGUAAUUUUCGGUCUCCCUUCGACGGCCAGUCACUGACUGCGCGUACUUUCUCAGCCAAAUCAUUUUCUCUUCCAUGACCACCUGAAACAAGUGCUCUUGUCUCUCACUGUCCAACUGGUGUUCAUGUGUUCUUGUGGAAGCGCGUCCCCUGUUUUCUUAGAGUAAAUGGUAUUGCUUUCGAAGUAGGGCAUAUCUAAACAACUUUAUUAUCCAACUAUAUAUAUAUAUAUAUAUAUAGGCAGAAUAGUAUUACCGACAAAGACCAGAGAGACUGGAAUGGCCAUUUCUGGCUUAUUAGCCGUCGUCAGCCAGCCAUACCCAAGCCCGAAGUGUGGAACACCCGAGCCGACCCGUGAUUUUGAGUGAAGAGUUCACCUCGGGGAUAUUAAUUUCCCAAGACUGUCAUUGUUGUAGCAUCCCCAAGCUGGUCUGUACACUUCACUUCAUAUUUGUUUCGUCCUAUCGAGAACCUCCUUUACCAGAACUACUGGCUCGCGACCUAGUUUCAUACUUAAUGAUAGGAUUUCGUCUGAUUUACGCGAUCGAACCACAUCUUUUUCGCGACCUGGGUCGAUUGCUGCCCCGAUUAGUGCCAAAACUGUUUACUUUGGGCGUUCCCUUCAAGAUUUUUUGCACAGGAGGCUAUGAAAGUUCAUUUUCCGCGUUUCUGUGAAGCCACCGUCUGUCAUCCUUUUUUAACUCUUCAUUUGGCACUCAAGGCAUGCCUGUCAUAAGCAACUCUCCUCUCACCUAUUGAUCUCCUGUCUGCCUAUGUCAUGACCCGCCACCCGUGUACGCCGGUUUACAUCGUGAUUUUAUCUGUUUUGCGGACUGCGUUCUUGUUUUAUGCUGACAAAAAUCCGCCAACCGUGCUUAUGCAAUGGCUGCGUUAGGUCUGUCGUUAGGUAGAGAAGUAGAGACAGAGAACUAGCCUCUGCACCUACACGCAAACUAUUUUGUUUACUGUCUACAGGAUCUGCUAAUGCCCCAGUGAAACUUUGCCAUAACAACUUCCUAGUCCGACUGAAAAGCCGCGGUUGCAGCCUUCUACUUUACAUUCGUCCCACAAAAAGGCCAUAGUCCGCAUCUGCUGAGCCCCGCUUCUGCGCCGUCGUUAAUGGUACAUUUUCUUUGCUCAUGUUUAUAGCCGCCACCCCAAAGUUGGAAACUCUCAACUCUCAGUCUUUACAAAUUAGUCAUCCAUCCUGACCACCCUCCAUACUUUGUCCUAGUGUUACCUGGCAGCAUUCAAAUCUGCGAUACCAAGCAGCCCUGAAAUAGUCAUGGAACUAAGUAAUCGUGGCGAAAUUAAAGUCAACAGCGACAGGGGAUUUGUUAUUUCCAAUCUAUCGGAGUUGGUGCUGAGUACUUGGCAGAUUCUCACCGCAGAUUAGGAACCAGGCAUAUCCUCCAUCGAUGCAAGAUCCUCUUCCAGGUUUCUCGUUUCUUUGCUAUGUGUUGGUGGUGUUGUACGGUCACGAUUGGAUUCUCACGCCACGUGGCAAGUAUCUGCUGCCCGUAUCUGAGCGUUUUCAAGAGGACACGGAAGUUCUCCAUUCUAAAUACCCACCUCCUCAUUGGUUGAUCGUUAUGUUUCGUACGGCUGUGAUCAUGCUUAAUCUCUAUGACCUCCAUGGCGUCCUGAAUAAGACUCCUAGAUGUGCCAGAAUCAGCGGCAGUGACUUAAGAGAGGUCCGCCAACUCUCCCAACAACAAAGACUAGUACAGAAGGUCAAAGAACCCCCGAUUUCUGAUGGACUGUGCCAGGCCAGGUUUGGAGCCGACAUCUUCCCUGCCUCUAUUUAGGCAACACCGUCAAAUUCAGCGCAGUAGCACUGACCCCAUGGGACGGACGACAAAGGAUAUGUCUAAACCACCUCAGUUGUCUCCUUUCGAUGACAUGCGAAAUCCUUGCGAUGUUACAGCAACUGGAUUCUGCCUCGAGACGAAGUCGGUGUACUUCGCCCGGAAAAUGUUUCUCAGACAACGGUGGCUGAUGAUUCGUUUUCGAUCGUCUCCCACGCGCAUAGCCGAGAAUCUACAAUCAUCAAUAGGACUAACCGGACGAAUGCCCGUUACACCCGAGGCCUGGCGUCGAUGGGAAUAUCGCGACGGGUUUGUGGACACCAUCAAACUCUUGCAAAACGGCUCUGAGUGACAACUAUUCGGGUGAAGAUGUUGUCCUUACUCUAUUUGGAAACAACUUAACCCUUAGGCACCAGAAGUUGCCUUUUCUUCAAACUGAUUGCCACUAAUUAUGAAGAUUUGGUGUCCCCGACGCUUGGUUUUAUAGGUCACCCUGGUUUUGCGCUAUAAAGGCGACAUUUACAGCGUAGUCCAGAUCAUUCAGUCAGUGUCCUGUCGCUGUGUUCGGAAGUCGUAAUUUUUCAUCAAAGCCUUCUGAAUAAUGCCGGAAACGCCAGUAUAAUUUGUUAAUUACUGUUAGCUAUUUCAGUCUUAGAUACGCCAAUCAAUCAUUAGCUGUUUUCCACGCAAGCAAUAGGCGACUCGCCUAUCGUGAGAGGGCAGUGGUCACUUUACACCCAUGAAGAUGCGCCGUCUGACCUUGGGUAUCAGGAUCGAGUAAAGUUCAUGCAUUCCGGUUUCAAUACCUAAGGUUUGUGGACACCAUCAAACUCUUGCAAAACGGCUCUGAGUGGCAACUAUUCGGGUGAAGAUGUUGUCCAGCUUUGCAUACCAUCUGCCGGCACCACGCAGCUAGGUUUGUUGAGUGCGUCUGUUCCCGCGGACUUCGAAGGGCGGACCAUAUUGCAGCGAUGGGAUAUGUUGCCUGAGGCUUCAUUGGGGAUUUUGGGUUCCAAACGGCCGCUCAGAUUGUUUGUAUGGGACUGUCGCUCCCUAACGCUUCGAUUCGGAAUCUUAACUGCAAGACGGCCAUGGUACACAAAAUCAUUUGCCGGCGGUUCACAGCUGUCGCGUUGCAGUUUAGCAAUGUGGUUCUGUGGUACCUCAUAAGGCAGUCUGCGUACCAGAGUUAAGUUUUUAUAUCCCAGCUAGCACUUAUCUACCAUCCGUGUCUGCUUGUUCGGUGGAGCCGAAGGUGCUUAUUUGAUGGCCAUUUCGCCAUCCUGCCAAAGCAUUCGCGCUCGUCACAUUACAGUUUUGGCGCCCAAACACUUACUGGUCAUUUAAAAGCGUCGUAGUAGAAAAUCGGAAAUCCGAAGUGACCAGAGGAUUUCGUUCAACACAAUCAUUUGUACCCGCAACUCGCACAGGCAGUUCGAUAAUAUGACCAUUGUUGGGGGCCUGAUGGAAGUCAUGGUAUCUUAUUGUUUUGUCCGGGUUUUUAUCAAUCACCGUCAACUUUUUCGCACACGGCUCAACAUGGGAACGCCUGAUUGAGCGACAGUGUAUGACGUUAAGGUCCAUGUCAGGUGCAAACGAGCAAGACCUUCCUAGGAGAGGUAGCGAAAAGAAGUGGUGACACAUGACAAACAGAAGGGGGGUACCGACAAAGACAAGAGAGACUUGGAUGGCCGUUUCUGACGUAUUAACUGUCAUCAGCCCGUCAUACCAAACCCCAGGUCUGGGUGACCUGGAAUAAGAAACCCGGGUGCCUUAGUCAUCGAGCGCUAAGUACUCCAACGUUUGGCCAUUUAGCCACUGCCCCAUCCUGGUGUUUGCGAUCAGAAGUAUUCACAGUCGUAGGAAGGUUACGUGACACGCUCGUUCCGUUGGGCCUUGACCUCGGUCUAGAGCACUUAGAGGCAGCUGCAUGGCGACCGCUGACGUGUACCGGAGAACUGGACGAGCCUGUCUCGUAACCUGAUCGAUCAAAGCACCUUCUCACAAUGGUAAAUGUAAACAUCGCUCGAAGGCACUCCUUGUCCUUAUUUGGUCAUUAGGGAUCAGUUCUUGCGUCCACAUCUCGUGGGACAGUGAAGCAACCUUGUCCAUGAGUUGAGGACCGCUAUAUUGGUAAAUAUAGGCUGGAAUUGGGUCGACGCCGGGCGUUUUUCCACCAAAGAGCACUGCUCUUAGUAUCGUUUACAAGACAGGCAGGUGAUCAAGUUCGUCACUGGCGUCCACUCGACGGAAUUGACUGAUGGCAUCCGCAAAGAUUGUGGGCAUGGAGUUGAGGACACCGCUGAAGGGUGCAGCCCAACGCCCCGGGGUCUGUGGCUUCUCAUUCAUUAAAUUUUUCUACUCCGUUUGAGUUGCUGCGCAGUCCCUUCGAAUGAGAAACCGUAGUCUGCUUUGAUGGCCGCGAAGAUGUUCUCCGUCUUAUCGUAGUCGACGUAUGUUUGCGAGCAAGCCAACCGUCCUGCGUUUUCCCUAGCCUCAACUGUACGAGGCUUGGGUAUCCAAAGUGCGCUGCCUUGUUUCUGUCAAUCCUGUGGCUGACGUAGAUCGUGUAUGGCCAGUUUUUCUUGGAAAACAAAUUACGGAUUUCCCUGUAUCGUAAAGCGAACCAUAUUGCUGACGUGCACGACAGAGGACUUCGCGAACAGUGGAGGGAGAACUUAUUACACCGGUUGCGGUAACAAAAUAUCUCCCGGGAAGCGAUUGUCUCAUAAUUAAGGUACGAUCACUCAUGUCCUGCGGAAGGCAAGACAGCUGCAUCAGGACGUCUUUCUUGGUGGCAAAGUCGACUCCGGCGUCUCUUCGCUCUGCCCCUGGAGGUCCGCUCCAAAAUAAAGCGUAUCCGGCAUCUGUCUACUCCAAUUGUCCCUGUCCUGAGAAGACAGUCUCACUGAUAUCUGUUAUGUCCACUUUGCACUAUGCCACUUCUCAGGAAACUGUGGCUGUUCUUUCCGGUUGGCUUACGACUGAAUUGUCUAAAAGCGAACGAACAUUUCAGAAUGCUAGAGUGAAUUUUGUCACCGUCACUGAGUCCGUUUAUUCUGUCUUGCUGUCACCCCAGGCAUUUGAAGCUUGAUUUUCUUUACUACUUAUUUCUUCUAGGUAACUGUUUUGUUUUUCCCUGUUAGAUUUACAUUUCGCGAUAGGGCAAUCCAGGCACUCCAACGUUAUUUUUUAGCCUGCUUCGGGCUUUUAUUCACUAAUUUGCUUUGAAGACCCACCUGAUGACUGGCUGAUGUUGAAUCUUUGCACACCAUCUCGGUAUGUUCCAAGUGCUGACCGCCCCCUCUUUCCCACAACAUCUUCCGCAUCCGGGAUUCGCUAUCAUCAGCGCUCGACCUCUAUGUUUGUGGAGCUCCGUGGCAACUUACCGUCUUUGUGGGAUUGCAUUGUCUGAGAACACCUUUGUAGUUAAUGCCUUUCAGGCUAAUCUCCUAUCCACUUGGCGGGGAGUCGAACACAACCUCGAUUUUACGGUUUAGUGCAUAGUCAGUCGACUUCGGCAUCUCUUAACUAUCUCGAUUUUCUUUCUCUACCGACACAUUGUCCACCGGUUUAACCUUCUGUGUUUCCAAUGGCGCAUCCACCUUCUCCUGUUUUACUUGCUUCUCGACUGGGGCUCGGUUUUUUACUGUUUACCGAGAUGUUUUUAACCCUCCUUUUUCCGAAGUUUUUUGGGACUCGCUUGGAAUUAACCGAACCGUGCAGUUCGUCUCUUGGCUUUCUCCGUUUACCCUACUGUGAUGGGAACAGUUUAGUUCCUUUACGUUUUUAUCGCAUUUGGACUUUAAAAAACCGUCAGCCACGGAUCGCUCGCCGUUGGCUAAUGGACGUACCCAGUCUUUCAUAAACUGAUGUAUGUGGGGUCUGUGGACGUCCGCAGACACCAACGUAGGCCAUCCAGCGGUGUACCCUGUCUACCUGUUUCGGGGAUACGUGGGCCUACCCUAUGUCCACCCUGUCCUAUCUCUAAUUUUCUUACCUAACUCACACGCGUAGAGAACUCUACUGUUCUGUUCCCACUCUUACAGGUCAUCAGUGUAUUGGUCUGCGGCAUCCAGUCAUACGCUAUAUCGCCUUUACUUCUCACAAUAAUUUUCCUCAGUUCGGAGGAUCGGUUUUUUCGUUUUUUGAUAAUCCAGAAUGUCGCGCCUUUUAAGUUGUUUACUUAGGGGAUCUUUUGAUGAUGGCCCACACCAAUUUCGCACUACCAUGGAAGUUGUGUUUAGUGCUCUAAACUAACUGUACGAGGCAAUUUGAUCGUUAUGCAACUUACUGAAAGGUUUUCAUCCGAACCCGUAAUUUUUUUCCAGGGACACUCGAUUACCUAAUGCAAAUGAGUGUCAUUCAAUUCAGCCGUCAUCUGUUUUAGUCUACUUGCUACUGUGUUAUUCUCCGCCGAGUAAAUAAAUCUGUGUCCUUGUUUGAAUCGCCCUAAAGCCGCUAAGUUCUAUUCUUUUCACAAAGUGACUGCUUCUCCGUUAUCCUCCUAACAAGGCCGACUUGUCCGAAGUAUGGGGAAUCCUAAAGGAAACAUUGCUGGCCUUCCCAGAUUCAUAGUUGGGACCGUUUUGCACAUAAAAUCUAAAAUUAAUGCAAAACACUUUGCUCACUUCUACCGCCCCUACAGUUGUAUGUGGUCUCCAGCCGCUGACCCCAGAUCGCCCCCGUGCCUGCACCUGGCCUGCCUAUGACCUGAAUGCGACUCAGUCAUAGCACUUGUUCGGCGGAUCAUAGGCUAGCCUCCACCACCUCUCUUCGUCAGACCUAGCUUGUGCCAUUUUGGCUAGCGCUUUCCCGUCACUCACUUUUGGAAUGCUCACUUUCGCUUCAGUGCAUCAGUCGUAUGACCCAAGCCAGGUUCAAAGCGGGGGGACACUCAUGUCCACGGACUUGUGAACUUACUGGCGCAACGGCACGCAGCGUGAUUGUUUAGCUUUAAAAAAUCCACUUAACAUCUGUUGUUUAACCCUUCGGUCAUAGUGCCAUAUGGUGUCUAUCUCCUGCCACCGAUUCAAACAACGGGCUUGACGGAGGAUCAGGCGGACAGUCUAAUGGAACGCACGCAUGCUGCAAUGAAACCACUUUUCGAUUUAACCGUUGCAGCGUCUCCCGAAGACCUCGGCUCUGACCUCAGAAAGAAACUGUAG